CUAGUAAGACACAUUGGAGUUAUCAGAAGAUCUGCGCUGAUCACAGACCGAGACAUGAUCUGUCCCCCGACUUCUGUGUAUAGAGGUCUCCUGUGUAUGAUGAUCAUAUCGGUGUCAUCAGGAACGGUGUAUAUACAGAGCGGAUCAGACAUCACUGACUGUAAUAUGAAGUGUCCUCAGGAUAAAAAAGGUAAAAUGGAGCUGUACAGAGAGUGCGGAGAGAAGACGAUGAUCGAGUAUUUCCCGCAUUAUCGUUCCACGAAUUAUCAUGACCCCAGAAUCCAACUGGACAGAGACAGCGGCUGCUGGAAGCUGACACAGGCCAGGAAGGACGACUCCUGUGUGUAUGAGACCUGGUGCUACAUUUACAAUGAUAAGGAUUAUCUAUUGUCCUCUACAGAGAUCCGUGUUCUGGAUCCGGUUCUCAUCUCCAACAUCUCCAGCACCGGGGGCCGGCUGGGUGAGGAGACGGCGGUGAGCGUCCAGUUCUCUGGAGAAGAGAGCGCUGUGACCUGGGAGGUGGACGGGGAGCCUCUCCCUGAAAGAUACCGGCUGAUAGAUGACAAUAGGACUCUGAUUAUCCCCGGUGUGCGGAGAGACGACGCCGAGAGGAGAUUCCGGGUCAGGAUCACAAACCCGGUCAGUGAGGAGAUCCGGGAAUACCGGCUGGAGGUCAGAGAUCUUCCAUCAGAUUAUACAAGAUCCCGAAUUUUUCUCAUUCCUGGAAUGCUCGGUGUGAUUAUUGGGAUUAUCGUGGUGUCUCUGGUGAGUAAUGGUUACAUCUUUCCUUUCUGUGAUUGGAUUAUUCCUCUAGAGAGACCCUGUUGAUUUAGCAUGGAUCUAUACCGGGGGUCUCCAAACUUUUGAAACAAAGGGCCAGUUUACUGCCCCUUAAACUUUAGGGGGGCCUGACUGUUGCCAGCGGGAGUAGAAAAUGCCCCGGGAUCGGUGGGAGUAAAUCAUGCCAUAGGUUU